AUGUUGUCAGUUUCGCCGAAUUCAAUGGCUAGGAGUUCGUUGGAGGAAAUGCUAGAUUCCCUCCGGCGAAGGGACGAGGAAGAGAAGCCCAAGGAUUUGCCGCCAGCUCUUCCCACCCGGCCGAGGCCGACUUCCAAGACUCGACUUCCGUCUGCCAAGCGACCAUUGCCGACUAGUUUUGAAUCAGGGGAGACUACAGAAGCAGACAAGUUGAAUAAUUGUGCGAAAAAGGGAGAAAAGAACUCCAGGGGGCACAGACCGACUAACAACAGUUUUGGCUCUAAGAAAGCAAAGCCAGAGGAGUCCAGUGAGUCUCCGUAUAUUAGAGUGCCGGAGAAGAACGAAUUUGAAGAGAGAUUGGAAAAGGACGACGGUGCAAAUCUGGCUAAUUCCGCCCCCGCUUCACUGCCCAAGUUUAGAGAAUCCGAGUGGGAUGACAACAUUGGUUAUUUUAUCAAAAAGAAACUCCGUGUUUGGUGUCGUCCACGAAACCGGCAAUGGGAGUUGGGACAAAUCCAGUCAACUAUAGAAGAGAAAGCUUCUGUUCUACUAGCAGAUGGAAGUGUUUUGUCUGUUCCACUUGCGGAGCUCUUACCUGCAAAUCCUGACAUUCUUCAAACAGUGGAUGAUCUUAUACAACUUAGCUAUUUGAAUGAGCCAUCAGUUGUUCACAAUCUUGAACACAGAUUUUCGCAGGACAUCAUCUAUAGUAAAGCUGGCCCUGUUUUAGUUGCAAUCAACCCCUUCAAAGAUAUUCAGCUUUAUGGCGAAGAUGUAAUUGCAGCUUACAGACAAAAUCUGUUGGACAGUCCUCAUGUUUACAUGAUUGCGGAUACAGCCUACAAUGAGAUGAUGAAUGAUGGAGUAAAUCAGUCCAUUAUUAUCAGUGGGGAGAGUGGAGCUGGGAAGACUGAAACAGCAAAAGUUGCAAUGCAAUAUCUAGCUUCCCUUGGAGGAGGCAGCGGUGGGAUAGAACACGAAAUCCUGCAGACGAGUUCCAUUUUGGAGGCCUUUGGGAAUGCAAAAACAUCUAGGAAUGAUAACUCCAGCAGAUUUGGGAAGUUGAUUGAAAUUCAUUUCAGUGCAGCAGGAAAAAUUUGUGGCGCUAAAUUACAGACAUUUCUACUAGAGAAGUCUAGAGUUGUUCAGCUGGCCUGUGGUGAGAGGUCGUACCACAUCUUUUACCAACUUUGUGCUGGAGCCCCUUCAAGUCUCAGAGAGAGACUCAAGUUGAAGGAGGCAAAGGAGUACCACUAUCUCAAGCAGAGUGGCUGCUUGGCUAUUCAUGAAGUCGAUGAUGCUCAAAAGUUCCAUUCGCUUAAGGAAGCCUUCGGUACCCUCAGAAUUUGCAAUGAGUAUCAAGAAUAUGUUUUUGAGAUGCUUGCUGCUGUAUUAUGGCUGGGGGAUAUAGCUUUUCAAGUGAGUGACAAUGAAAACCAUGCUGAGGUAGUGGAUAGUGAAGCCGUUACCAAUGCAUGCAGCUUGUUAGGUUGCAGUUCCCAGGACCUCAUUCUAACUUUAACCACUCGUAAAAUACGAGCCGGCAAGGAUAUGGUAGCGAAGAGAUUGACCCUCCAACAGGCCAUUGAUAAUAGAGAUGCUUUGGCAAAGUUUAUCUAUUCGAGCCUGUUUGAGUGGCUCGUAGAUGAGAUCAAUAAGUCACUGUCAACAUGCAAACAAUUUACUGGGAGAUCAAUAAGCAUUUUAGAUAUAUACGGAUUUGAAUCAUUCAAGAAAAACAGUUUCGAACAGCUCUGUAUAAACUAUGCAAAUGAGAGACUCCAGCAGCAUUUUAAUCGGCAUCUGUUUAAACUGGAGCAGGAGGAUUAUGAUGUGGAUGGAAUUGAUUGGACGAAGGUAGAAUUUGAAGACAAUCAAGACUGUCUGAACCUGUUUGAAAAUAAACCUAUUGGGCUGAUAUCUCUGUUGGAUGAGGAGUCAAAUUUUCCUAGGUCCUCAGAUUUGAGUCUAGCAGAUAAACUUAAGAAGCACUUGGGUGCCAAUUCUUGUUUCAAAGGAGAAAGAGGUGGUGCCUUCAGCAUUCACCACUAUGCAGGGGAGGUUCUUUAUGACACAAGUGGCUUUCUGGAGAAAAAUAGAGAUCUGAUCCACUUUGAUACCAUCCAGCUACUAUCUUCUUCCAGCAGUUAUCUUCCUAAAUUGUUUGCCUCUUUAGUGACUAAAAUGUCCUCAAAUGUUGCAAGUCCACCUUUGCAAUCAGGAGUAUUGGUUUCACAGAAGCAAAGUGUUGGAACCAAGUUUAAGGGUCAGUUGUUUAAAUUGAUGCAGCACUUGGAGAACACUACCCCACAUUUCAUUCGUUGCAUAAAGCCAAACAACAAGCAGCUCCCUGGACUCUAUGAAAAAGAUCUUGUACUGGAUCAGCUUAGAUGCUGUGGGAUUCUAGAGGUUGUCAGAAUUUCAAGAUCUGGGUAUCCCAAGCGAAUUACCCAUCAGGAAUUCGCCAGAAGGUACGGAUUCCUUCUUCAGGAGAAUCAUACGAACCAAGAUCCAUUGAGUUUGUCAGUUGCCAUAUUACAACAAUUUGGUAUCCUGCCCGAAAUGUAUCAAGUUGGUUUGACCAAAUUAUUUUUCCGUGCAGGACAGAUUGGUGUAUUGGAGGACAUAAGGAAACAAGUCCUUCAAGGCACUCUAGAGGUGCAAAAGUGCUUUCGUGGUCAUCGGGCUCGUCGUUACUUCCAUGAGCUCAAGCAAGGAGUAACUACUCUGCAAUCAUUCAUUCGCGGUGAAAUUGCCAGAAAAGAGUAUGGUGCAUUGGUAAAUAGACAGUCUGAGCAGCAGCUUACUGCAGUUGUGCAGAUACAAUCGGUGAUCCGAGGCUGGUUGGCUCGAAGGCAUUUUGUGCACUUGCAGAGUUCUGGGACAUUGCUCGUUGAUAAAAAUAAAAGAGGGAGGAGGCUUUCGGAAGUGAUGGGAUUGGCUCGAGAAAAUUUGCCUUCUGUCGUGGAAGAGCUUCAGAGGCGAGUUGUAUUGGCAGAAACGAACCUGAGUAAAAAGGAAAAAGAAAAUGCUGUGUUGAGAGAGCAAGUGCAAGAGUUUGAGGCACGUUGGUUAGAGUAUGAAGGCAAAAUGAAGUCGAUGGAGGAUAUGUGGCAAAAGCAGAUGGUUUCGUUGCAGAUGAGUCUGGCCGCAGCAAAGAAAAGUCUUGGUGCCGACCAAGCAGCUAUUCAACCUGCAAGGCUUGAGGGUUUAACAUCACCUCGUUACUAUGAUUCCGAGGACACAAUGUCUGGAGGAACUCGAACUCCUGGUGGUAACACCCCAGUGAAAUUUGGUAAUAAUGGUUUAGAUGUUGGAACCGGUGGGCGAGAAACUAAUUCCGGAUUGAAUUCAGUGGGUCACUUGGUGAAGGAGUUUGAACAUAGGAAACAAACUUUCGAUGAUGAUGUCAAAGCGAUUGUAGAAGUGAAGUCAGGAGAAAGCUCUUACGAGGAACUUCGGAGACUAAAACUUAUGUUUGAGACCUGGAAAAAGGAUUACAAGACCCGUUUAAGAGAAGCUAAGGCAAAAGCAAAACUAAAUAAGCUUGGGCAUGCAGAUGGAGAGAAAAAAACCCGAAAAUGGUGGGGAAAAAAGAGCAAGAAAUAUUAG